AUGGCACCAGCUCCACCAGUAUUGGGCUUCCUCCUCGCAUCGAGAACAGCAAAAACCAUCGACUCGAUACCCGACAUCCAACUCUCUUCCCUCGAGCUCGACCAACGCGACACCACAGCACACAAUCUGUUCCGAAGAGCGUCCUCCGAGCUAGUCCCUCGAGCAGACUCCAAUGCACAACAUGGCUCGGGCGCAAUAGAUCCUUCAACCAUCAAGAAUGGCGGCUUCUUCGCCCUCUUCGCCAUCCUCGGUGUCGCCAUGGUUCUCGCCUCCAUCUGGUUCUUCUUUUGGGCCAAGAACGGUGGCUUCCAGUUCCAACAAGGAGAUUGGGACGACUACAAAUCUACAGUGCUUCGUCGAAAGGGUCCCGACGGCAAGACACUGAGCAAUGCCACCAAGAGUACCAAGCUGGGAGGCGGUACUAUUGCCGGUAGCCAGCACUAUGCCUGGGCCAAGAAUGCUGCACGUUCCGUCGUCGGCAAAGACGAGAAGGGCAGAAAGGGUGUCAUGGCCAAGAGAGGAUGGGCAAAGACCCACAGUAUCACAUACAGCGACGACUUCACAGAUACUCUCGGCACCAGAACCGUCUACUCUGACGAGAUGACUGAGGCUCGUACAGAACCCGAUCUCGAGCGCGGCCACGGCCACCAUUCCCGACGCUACCGUGAUCGGGAUGUACGACAGUACAAGAAGGAGAGACCUGCCCGUGUAGGUGGACUCAACCGUGAAGCCGACGGCAGCCACUUCGACUACACCAACACCGACCGAUCCGACGUCAUGACUGAGACUGUUCUUACGGAGAGCUCUGACCAGCCCAUGCUACCGAAGACCGAUGAGCGUAGAGAGAAGGAGAAGCAACGAGCAGAGCGCAAGGCCCGUGAAGAAGCCAAGAGAAUGGAGCGCCGCUGGAAGAGAGAGGCUGAAGAAGCCGCUGCUGCACUCGCCCGCGAAAGUAGCAGUAUCCCUCCUCCGCCUCCUUCACAUGCACGCAAGAGUUCCAGCCCACACAAGAACCCAUCGGCAGCACACAAAACCCGUCGUGACCGCGACCGUGCAUCCUCCCGUUCGUCGUCGCCCAAGAAGCGAGACUUCUCUUACAAUCAGGGACCAGAGUCCGAGAUCCUCAGCACUGCCUAUACGCAAUCGACUUCGAGCGGUCAACGCACAUCAAGCUACUACGACGAGUACCGCCCACGCGCCAGUGACAACCCUCGCUACUCUCGCGAGUUUGCGCAUUCCGAGCGCGAGCGCAGUGGCAGGCAGUCUUCGCCGCGCAAGAAGCAAGGUGGCGCGCGAUCGGGAGGUUAUCGACGUGGUGGUACCGAUAGCGAUCUGGAGUAG